AGGAUUCAGUUGAAGAAAACGAAGGAUUUAAAAUUAAAGAGAAAUUAGGGUUGCGGCCUCUCAGGAACGGGCGAACCUACUUCGAAGUGGGGCGGAGAGCGUUAGGGGUGGGGGAGCGCAAGUUCCACGGCCAAUUACACAGUAGCAACUGUUGCCUUAGCAACCACUCCGGACAGCUAAGGCCCGGUCCGUUGCCCGCACUCCAAGGAAAGAGGAGGAGCCCGGGCUAUUUAAAUGGCUUUGGGCUCGGGUGGGAAGAAGCGGACUCCGUUUCCUCCCCCGCUCCAGUGGCGCUGAGCCUGCGGCUCGGUGGGCGGGGAACGGCCGCGUUCCGGAGGCGCCCCAACUCCCCGCCGAUUGGCCCAAGCCCCUCCGGGGCGGGGUCUGGGGCGGGCCGCUCCCGCCCGCUGCGAGGCGAGGACCUCCGGGAUUCCUAGAGAGGACUCGGAAGUGCUCUCGGCGGUGGGAUUGAUGGCUCGACCCCGUUGGACAGGGAAAGCUUGGACUUGCUUACUUCCGGAGAGGAAGUGUUGCGAAGUGUCGGCUUCGGUUUUCUCUCCGUUUGUGGGAAGAAACCUGUCUUCCCAAGCGUGGCCGCGGGAGCGUGGUCUCCAGGAGAGCUCCCCGGGACUGGCGCCUGGAGGAAAGGGGAUGGGCUUUGCGUCCAGACGGGGGUCUUGUCUCUAACCUUGACCGGCCCGGUUUCCGUGACUAUGGGGUCAGGGGCGAUUCUGAAGAAUCCAGGUCCAAAUUUGUACUUAUAACUGUGCUUCUCUUCGGGACCAAUGAAGUCUCCUCUUGGUCUGUCAUGCUCUUGUGGCAUGAAGGACAGGAUCCGUUUUGACCAUUGUAAUGUUUUUGACCCCUGUUUUGACAUAAGUUUGGCUUGUGGUAGAGAAAAGCAGAGACUGCGUCUGAACUGUAGGUUGCACACUAAUGGAAGUGUCCUUCAGAAGAUCUUAAAGAGCAGAAAACAGAUUUGAUCUGUGUAACGCAGCUAACUUGGAGACAUCCCUCUGAGUUGGAAUGAUAAUGACAGAGUCUGGGGAAGUUAUAGACUUAGAUCCUCCAGCUGAGACUUCACAGGAGCAAGAAGACCUUCUAAUAGUGAAGGUGGAAGAAGAAGACUGCACGUGGACGCAGGAGUACAAUCCUCCAGUGUUCGAGACUUUUUACCAGCGCUUCAGACACUUCCAGUACCAUGAGGCCUCAGGCCCCCGGGAGGCCCUGAGCCAGCUCCGGGUGCUCUGCUGCGAGUGGCUGAGGCCCGAGCUGCACACCAAGGAGCAGAUCCUGGAACUGCUGGUGCUGGAGCAGUUCCUGACCAUCCUCCCUGAAGAGUUCCAGACCUGGGUGAGAGAACAUCACCCGGAAAGUGGAGAAGAGGCUGUGGCUGUGGUAGAAAAUAUACAGAGAGAACUAGAGGAACGCAGACAGCAGCCCUCUCUGCAACGUGUUGAUCGGUGUGGUUGUGCUUGUCAGAUCGUGGUGUGUCCUGAAGUGCUUCCUCCGAAGAUGGUGCCACCUGGAGUUGUGCAGGAGUCCCUCAGCCACCAGCUCCUGUCUGUGGACCCCCAGUCUGAACAGGAGCCACAGAAGCCUCAUCUCCUGGAAGAAAAUGCCCUACCUGCUCUCCAAGUUCCUUCCCUUCCCCUGAAGGACAGCCAGGAGCUGACAGCCUCACUCCUCUCGGCUGGGUCCCAGAAGUUGGUGAAAAUUGAAGAUGUGGCUGAUGUGGCUGUAUCCUUCAUCCUGGAGGAAUGGGGACAUUUGGACCAGUCCCAGAAGUCCCUCUAUAGGGAUGACAGGAAGGAGAAUUAUGGGAGUAUUACUUCCAUGGAUUAUGAAUCUGGACAUGACAACGUGGAACUCGCAGUGAAGCAGAUUUCUGAUGACACUGAACCCCACUGGAUGACAUCAGGAAGCCCUGAAAGAAAUGUUCCCCAGAGUCAAGGGUUUGGAGAAGUUAGUGACCUUCACGGCAUGGUAGAGAGGUGGCAGGUAAACCCUGCAGUGGGGAAAUCAAGGCAGAACCCUUCCCAGAAAAGAGAUCUUGGUGCCAUCGCGGAUGUUAGCCGUAAGCAAAACACAAGUGGCGAGAGAGGUCACAAAUGUAACGAUUGUGGUAAAUUUUUCCUUCAAGCCUCAAACUUCAUUCAACAUCGGCGAAUCCACACUGGAGAGAAACCGUUUAAGUGUGGUGAGUGUGGGAAAAGCUACAAUCAGCGCGUGCACCUGACUCAGCACCAGCGCGUUCACACUGGCGAGAAACCGUACAAGUGUCAGGUGUGCGGGAAAGCCUUCCGCGUGAGCUCACACCUCGUCCAGCAUCACAGCGUGCACAGCGGAGAGAGACCGUAUGGCUGUACCGAGUGCGGGAAAAACUUCGGUCGGCACUCCCAUCUGAUCGAGCACCUGAAACGCCACUUCAGAGAGAAAUCCCAAAGAUGCAGUGACAAAAGAAGUAAGAAUACAAAAUUGAAUGUUAAGAAGAAAAUUUCAGAAUUUUCCGAAACAGAUGUGGAACUAUCAGGAAGAAUCCAAAGAAAUGUUUCUCAAGGUCAAGAUUUUGGAGAGGGCCAUGAACACCCAGGCAAGUUGGAUAGAAAGCAGGGAGUUCCCAUGAAAGAGAUACUAGGACAGCCCUCUUCAAAGAGGAUAAAUUUCAAUGAAGUCACGUAUGUGCACAAAAAAUCAUCCACAGGAGAGAGACCACAUAAAUGUAAUGAAUGUGGAAAAAGCUUUAUUCAGAGUGCACAUCUGAUUCAACAUCAGCGAAUACACACGGGGGAGAAACCCUUUAGGUGUGAUGAAUGUGGGAAAAGCUACAAUCAGCGUGUGCAUCUGACUCAGCACCAGCGAGUCCACACUGGCGAGAAACCCUAUACCUGUCACUUGUGUGGGAAAGCGUUUAGAGUGAGGUCCCAUCUUGUUCAGCAUCAGAGUGUGCACAGUGGGGAGAGACCCUUUAAGUGUAAUGAGUGCGGGAAAGGCUUUGGGAGGCGGUCCCACCUUGCAGGGCAUCUGAGACUCCACUCUAGAGAGAAAUCCCAUCAGUGUCAUGAGUGUGGAGAAAUCUUUUUUCAGUACGUUAGCCUCAUUGAACAUCAGGUGCUCCACAUGGGUCAGAGAAAUGAAAAAAAUGGCAUUUGUGAGGAAGCAUAUAGUUGGAACCUGACAGUGAUUGAAGAUAAGAAGAUUGAGUUGCAAGAGCAGCCUUAUAAGUGUGAUAUCUGUGGCAAAGCCUUUAGUUACAGUUCAGACCUUAUUCAGCAUUACAGAACUCACACUGCAGAGAAAACCAAUAAAUGUGAUAUAUGUAGAAAAAACAUUGGCCAGUGUUCGCACGUAAAACAACAUCAAAAAACCUAUUCCAACGUGAAAUCCCAUCAAUGUAAUGAGUGUGGCAGAGGCUUCACUCUGAAGUCCCAUCUUAAUCAGCAUCAGAGAAUCCAUACUGGUGAGAAACCCUUUCAAUGUAAAGAAUGUGGAAUGAGUUUCAGUUGGAGCUGUAGCCUCUUCAAACAUCUGAGAAGUCAUGAGAGGACAGAUCCCAUAAAUACCUUAAGUGUAUAGAUCUUUCUGUCGUAGAACGGCUCUUACUCAAUUUUAGAGAAGCCUUCCUAAGAGGAAACCUACUCCUAUAAUGAAUGUAAUAAUAACUUCCAGCAUUCUCUCCAAUGUAACCAUCAAACUUACAGAUAUGUUGAAAUCCUUCAGUUAGAACUUAGGAACACUGGAGAAUCCACAGUGAAUAGCUGUCUGUUUGCUUUCCCCAUCGAGAAGUGCUUUUGUUAGCAUCUUCAUGCUUAAGUAUCUAGACAAGAGAGAACCUGUGGAUAUGGCGGAUGAAGGAGAGCCUUCAGGUGGCACUCAUUCUUUGGUUGAGUCUCAGAAUGUUGACACUGAGAAAAGCCUCACGAAUGCAGUAGAAAUAAGCUUUAUUUGUAGUUUCCGCCUUGUUUGACAGCUUAUUCAGGGAAGAGCACAGUGAAAGGAACAGAGAACUCUUCAGCAUGAUAUCUGUUUUGGUACCUCAGCAACGAACCUUUUCUAGAAAUGAUGAUCCCAGCCACUAGAAUGCUCCAGCUGUUGUUCCCAUCUUGAGUAUUAAAGCCUUUGAAAAGAAA